AUGUGACCUCAGCAUAAAUAUCUGGAAAAUAUGAAUCCUUGCAUAAUACAAGAAGUAUUUCCGAUCUAAGUGUUAUUUUCCCUAAUUUUCAUCCAAAUCCCGCAUCGGUUAGGCUUUUGGAGGGAGGACGCAUAUAAACAGGUGCGUUGGCUGGUGCAACAAAAGUACUGUCAGGGAAAAUCCGGAAUAAUACGUCACGGUAAGAAUUGCGUUAAUGGCAAUUUUGGGACAGGGAGAAUCCAAUAAUGUUGCGCUGCAAUUCCACUCUCUCACUUGAUGCCGCUGCUCUCUGCAUAUCCCUUCCGUUGUUACCCUACCAGGUGUGAGAUGGGUAGGGGAUUUUCACGUCUGCAAUGGAAGAAACAAGCUCAGCUAAGAUUAUGCAAUGUUUCCGGAUUUAUAACUGAACUGAUUGAGGUGCACUGUGAUCGCCCUUUGUUGCAUGUCCUCUUCAUCCCAGGAAAUCCAGGAGUUGUUUCUUUCUACAAAGAGUUUGUGGAAGCGAUAUAUGGGCAGCUUGAUGAAAAGGCUUCCAUCACAGCAAUAGGGCACAUUUCUCAUACAGAAAAGAAUUGGGAGAAAGGAAGGUUGUUUUCAUUGCAAGAGCAAAUUGAUCAUAAGAUAGAGUUUGUUGAUCGACAGCUUCAAAAUUCUGAAACUCCUAUUGUUUUGGUUGGGCAUUCUAUUGGUUCACAUAUAUCACUGGAGAUUUUCAGAAGAUUUCCAGACAAGGUUGCGUAUUGCAUUGGACUCUAUCCAUUUUUGACAUUGAACAAGGAGUCCUAUCAACAAAUCUUUAUUGGGACGAUAGCAAUGUCACCCAUAUUAUCUACUAUCAUUAGUUCUCUUGCAGCAUUAUUCGGGUUACUUCCGAAUUUGAUUUCUGCUUCCUUGGUGAAAAGAAGUGUUGGCUGCUCAUGGUCAUCUUCGGCAGUUACAGCUACAUGCACCCAUCUAUUGAAGUACCAUACAGUACGAAAUGCAUUAUUUAUGGCCAUGACAGAGUUUGGAAAGUUUUCAGAGGAGCCGGACUGGACUUUCAUAAGAAGGAAAGGCAGUCAAAUUUCAUUUUUAUUUGGCAUAGACGAUCAUUGGGGACCAUUAUCAAUGUUUGAAGAGAUUUCAAAGCAGGCUCCAGGUGUCUCUCAGUCAUUGGAAGAGGAGGGCCAUACACAUGCCUUCAGUUGUACAGAAGCUGGCUCAGUCUGGGUUGCUUGCCAUGUGGUAAAUCUGAUCAAGAACCAGAUUUUUGGCUUAACUCUGCCAGCUUGUGGGAGAGAGGUCUUCAUCAGAGGAGUCCAAUGACUCUGGGAUGAGGAUUGGAGGAGCAUAGGGAAUAAUGGCCAAAAGUAGUCCCCUGGCUAUGUGUUCCUCGUUUGCCGCCAUCGAUGGUGUGUUGAGGUCAAUUUGCCCUGGCCAUUGCUUUUCUCCCAUUGGGAUAACGACAUUUUCACGGUGUCCACUGGUAGGGCAGGGACCAAAGCGGGGUUACAACAGAUGACAAGUCGGUAAUUGGAUUUAAAGAUCAUGACCCUUUUGGGAGUCAUGUUAGGUUCUUUAGGGUUAGAGUGGAAAGCAAACGUUCUUUGUGAGACAGAGAAAGUUAGACCAUACAAAAAGAACCAGAGGAGCGUGAUCAUCCCCUGGUUGUUGCCUCCAUAUAAGGACUUUCCAUUUGCAUGUAAAGGCAUGAGAUGGCAGGUUGUAUCUCUUGGGAAAGAAGCGGCGUGGGGGGAAAGCUUACCUUUUUGAUGUCCUGACUAUCCGCCUUCUCGGUCAAUCUUACCGCAUCCACCGACUUCAAGUGCUUCAUGGAUUGCAGAGAUCAUCAGUCUCCAUCACCGCAAGUUGGGUUGGGUGGACGACCAACUUUAAACUAGACGAAGCCGCCUUUUCAGAGUGCACACGUCUGAUGCAUGGGGACGCAAUAAGGGUGGUCUCCAAGGAGUCAGCUUUAUAUGGUCUUUGAGAAGAGGGCAUGCCUAUUGCCCAAUUGAACGGCCGGGAUUUCGAAUGGUUGAGAUUGUGUCUUCAUCAUAUGGGUAGCCGUUGCAAGAGAGGUAUCUGUAGUGUUUGAAUUUGAACUUAAGCUGCCAAGCCCCUUCCGUCCAGAACCAGUGGCAAGCUGAAAGCUAAUCUCCUUCUCCAUGCUUGCCUCUAAGUUGCUUUUUUUUCUUUUUUGUUUUGACCAUUUUGAAUAAUAUUCCUCUCUUUUUGGAUACCACCCUCCAUUGCUACUCAGAAUUCUCC